CCAAAAUUUCAUGUUAAUUUUCAGCCCACGGACUUCCCGCUUCUCUCUCUCUCUCUCUCCUGUGGUUUCCAAUUUUAAUACAAAUAUUGAAACUUUCAGACAAUUAAUGCGUUAUAUAUAAUAUAUAUAUAUUCGUUACUGCAUUGGGACCAUUCUCCAAUCUUCAACCACAAAUCAUCAUCACUUCUUUCAGAUCUGAUCUACAUAACUCUAUUGAGUCACAGACUACAAGUGUAUUAACACAUAUAGGGCUUUGUUUUCAUGAGUUAGAACUAAGAUUAUUUAUCUAGUUGGCUUUAUGGAAACAAAAGAAUCAAUGAAGGAAGAAAUCACAAGUCCUCUUGCUGCUGAGAAGUUGGAGGGAGAAGCACUUGUUGUUGAAAAAAAUGAACCUGUAUCAGAAAUGAAAUCUCUGGACAUAGAGGCUGAUGAGAAACAAAAGGACUAUGCUGAUGAGAGGAAUGACUGUGUGAAAAUUGAGACCCAAGUUCAAGAAGAAGACAAUGAUGGGAAAAAUAAUAAUUUGGAGCAGAAGAUAGUUGAAAGCAAGGCUCUGGAAUCUACUGAUGAAGAUUGUGCAUCAACAUCUCAAAAAGAGACAAAUGAAACUACAGAGGAGACUCUUGGAGAGGAGAAUGAGCAAGAGCCGGUUUUUGAUGGAACAGAGGUUCCUGGGAUGGAGGCUAGCAGAAGCACAUCUACCCGAUCUUUAGAUCUUGAUUCUGAGACCCAAAAGGUAGUUGAUAAGGCGGUGGCAUUAAAAAACCUUGUGAAGGAGAAGGGUGCAGUUGCGGUGUCAACUUUUUUGCGUCGCCUUUCUGGUAAAAAAGAUGAAGAUGGACAUGAUGUUUCUGAGAAUCAAGAUAAGAAUGUUUCAGAGUCUGCUAAAGUUGAUGGAGCCGAAGAAGCUUCUCAGAAAACAGCAGAAAAGUCUGCAUGGAAUCCCCUUACUUAUAUUACCUUGUCUCGUGAUGUUGAUCCAACAAACUCUGAAGAGAAGAAUGCAGUCAAUGAAGGACCACCACAGCACUUAGCUAUGAAAGGAAGAGCUAUACUGUACACAAGGUUAGGGUGCCAAGACUGCAAAGAGGCUAGGCUAUUUUUGCACAGGAAGAAGCUUAAAUAUGUUGAGAUUAAUAUUGAUAUCUACACCGGUAGAAAGCAGGAGCUAGAGAAGAUUGCUGGGUCUUCUGCUGUUCCAAAGGUGUUCUUUAAUGAAAUCCUGAUCGGAGGCCUGAUUGAUCUAAAGAGUCUGGAGGAGUCAGGAAAGCUUGAUGAGAAAAUUGAUUAUCUGAUUACUGAAGAACCAUCAUUUGAAGCACCUUUGCCUCCACUUUCUGGUGAAGAUGAUCUGUCCAGUAGUGGAGCUAUUGAUGAACAAGCUUUAAUUGUCCGGAAAAUGAAAGAGUCUGUGGCCGUCAAGGACCGAUUUUAUAAGAUGCGUAGGUUCACUAGCUGUUUUCUGGGUUCGCAAGCGGUGGAUUUCUUUUCAGAAGAUCAGUAUCUGGAAAGGGAAGAGGCUACUGAGUUUGGGAGAAAUCUAGCAGACCAACUCUUUUUUCAACAUGUUCUUGGUGAAAAUCUAUUUGAGGAUGGUAACCACCUUUACCGGUUCUUAGAUGAUGAUCCUAUUGUUUCUGAAUGUCACAACAUUCCAAGGGGUUUAACUGAUGUGAAGCCAAAGCCUAUUACAGAAAUUGCAUCAAGAUUGAGGUUUUUGUCUUAUGCAAUUUUUGAAGCCUACACAUCAGAAGAUGGAAUGCAUGUUGAUUAUGUUAGUAUUUAUGGCAGUGAGGAGUUUGCAAGGUAUUUGAGAAUAGUGGAGGAGCUUCAAAGAGUUGAAUUACUGGAAAUGCCAAGAGAAGAGAAACUUGCUUUCUUUAUAAAUCUAUACAAUAUGAUGGCCAUCCAUGCGAUAUUGUUGUGGGGUCAUCCAACUGGAGCCCUAGAAAGAAGAAGAUUGUUUGGAGACUUUAGGUAUGUUAUUGGUGGAUCCACAUUUUCCCUUUCAGCUAUUCAAAAUGGAAUUUUAAGGGGUAACCAGCGACCACCGUACAAUCUCAUGAAGCCAUUUAAUGCAAAAGAUAAACGUUCCAAGGUGGCUCUUCCUCAUCCAGAACCUCUUGUUCACUUUGCGCUUGUUUCUGGUAACCAAUCUGGGCCUGCUCUUAGAUGCUACUCGCCCGAAAACAUUGACAAAGAGUUGAUGGAAUCAGCCUGUAAUUUUCUAAGGAGGGGUGGAGUUAUCAUUGAUUUUGAAGCCAAAGUAGCAUCACUUAGCAAGAUGCUGAAAUGGUUUAGUGUAGAUUUCGGUAAGAAUGAGAUAGAAGUACUCAAGUUUGUUUCGAACUACUUGGACCCGGCUGUGUCGGAAGCUCUAGUAGAGCCUCUUGCUAACUCUCAGCUGAAGGUGACAUAUCAACCUUACGACUGGCGUUUGAACUGUUGAGUUUUGUAGUUUUUUUUUUUUCUUAUAGUUACAAUAUACCUCGAUACAUAAAAUUCUCCUUGUUAAAGAAAAGAAGAUGGAGUCUUGUACUAGUUCAUUUGAAAUCUUUUAAGAACAUUAAAUACAAUUGGAAUUUAUGUUAAACUUAAAAAAAAAAGUAUGAUUCAAA